AUGGAGAUGAGCCGCAUAGGGCCACCUGCACCUUUCCUCGGGAGAGCGGUCAUGUUUCUGGGUUAUGAGCCUGUGCCAGAUGAUCUUAGCCUUCCCCUUAUUGAAGAACUCCAGCCUAAAGGUUUGCCAAAAAAUAAACCUAACCCAACAAUAACACAAAGCAUUGUCUGUUGGUUACCUUUCUCAGAACACCUCCAACAAACGGGAAUUCCAUCUGGAUCACAAGACAAAGUUUCAGUUCCUGAUUCUGGACCAGAAGUGGCUGAACCUCAGGUGGCUGAGGCUCCUGUGGUCACGUCAAAGUUGUCUGCUAAAGCACCUGAGUUUUAUCCAUCAGGAUACAACCAGAACUUCAGUCAGAACUUCACAGAUUCUUCCUUUGAAGAUAGAUAUGAUGGCUAUCUGACUUUGGCAGAAUAUGUGCAAGACUUCUUAAACCACCUCACUGAGCAACCAGGUUGUUUUGAAACUGAAAUAGAGCAGUUCGCCGAAACACUGAAUGUCUGGGUUGCCGCGGAUGAAGGUUUACAAGAACUUGUUGAACUCGUCUAUCAGCAGGCUACAUCUGUCCCAAAUUUUUCCUACCUGGGAGCACGGUUGUGUAACUAUCUGUCUCACCACCUAACCAUUAGUCCACAAAGUGGGAACUUCCGACAGUUGUUACUUCAAAG